ACCUCGCCACCCCGGAAGCGCGCUGCUCAUGAAUAAUCCAGAACGCGGUUGAGCGGGAGUGAGAUCUGAGGGAGGAAGCGGUCGGGUUUGGCGAACAUGGCGACUGCGAUGUACCUCGAGCACUAUUUGGACAGUAUAGAAAAUCUACCAUGUGAGCUUCAAAGAAAUUUCCAACUCAUGAGUGACCUAGAUCAAAGGACAGAAGAUAAAAAGAAGGAGAUUGACACAUUGGCUAGUGAGUACAUUGCUAAGGUUCGAGACUUCACCACUGAUCAGCGGGUACAGCAUUUACUGCGCAUCCAAAAUGCCUACACCAAGUGCAAGGAGUACAGUGAUGACAAAGUGCAGCUAGCCAUGCAGACCUAUGAGAUGGUGGAUAAACACAUCAGAAGGCUGGAUGCAGAUCUGGCACGAUUCGAGGCAGACCUGAAAGAAAAAAUAGAAGGUACAGAGUUUGACAGUCCAUCUGCACGAGGGACAAAAAAGAAUCGGGCUCAGAAAGAUAAACGGGGAUCUCGUGGCCGCAGAGUUUCAGAAGAGGACACUGUGAAGAAAAAGAAACUGAAAGGAGGGCCAAUAUUUUCAGAGGCAGUUCUGUCUGUCCACCCUUCCGAUGUCCUUGAUAUGCCAGUAGACCCUAAUGAACCCACAUAUUGCCUGUGUCACCAGGUGUCCUACGGAGAGAUGAUUGGCUGUGACAAUCCUGAUUGCCCUAUAGAGUGGUUCCAUUUUGCCUGUGUAGAUCUCACCACUAAACCAAAAGGAAAAUGGUUCUGUCCCCGCUGUACUCAGGAGCGGAAGAAAUGAUCACAGCACCAUCCAUUACCAUAUUCGUCUUUACUACUUCCAUGUUCUUAUGUUCAUUGUAUCACCCCUGGCAUUUGUCUUGCUACUGGAUGGAUUUCUAAUGAAGGGCAGAAGCAGCAAAUCUAGUUGUGCCAAGCGUACAACUCCUCUCCCUAGGGAGAGUACUGUUGCACUUUUGGAUUGGUGCUGAGCUAAUCUAUAUAUAUAUAUAUAUAUAUAUAUAUAUAUAUAUAUAUAUAUAUAUAUAUAUAUAUAUAUAUAUAUAUAUAUAUAUAUAUAUUCAAAAACCUACCGCAUAAUCCAUAUCCCCCUUGCAAAGUUUUUACAUCAAGAUGGGGAAGGACAAAGCACCAAGAUCUUCCUUUUACUUCCUUUGUUGGUGCUGUGGUAUGCCGUUUAAACUCCUGUUUUAUGCUUCUAACACGUCAUGUUCAAUUUUAAAAAAUGUGUAUGUAAGAUCCUUUUUAUUGGGGCAUUCUGACCUCAUACGCAUUGGGCAUGCUUAUUACAGCGAGUAUAUUAAGACUGUGUUAAAGGUCAUUAAGACAGCAGCCUAGAACUCUGGUUUCAUGCAACCAGCAUUUGGUACAGUGUAGUAAUGCUCCUCAACACUGUCAUUAUGGGCUAUAUCCCUGUAACUAUUUGCUACAGCUUUAAAGUCACAUGAUCAGCAAUUUAUAAUUGCACUUAAAUGUGUAUAAUUGGUGAUAUAUAAGCAGUUGUUGUGUAUAAAUUGAGAGUGUCCCCCCUUGUAACGUGGCCCUGUCAAGUAUGCCUACUGGAAUAAUCCAUUUUGUGGGCCAAGCUAAUAUUCAUGAGAAUGUAGACUAUAUUGAUUCAUCAGUAUGUGACUAUUUACACAAACUGCCCAGGAGCUGCUGGAGGGAGCAGGGCAGAUGAGAAGUGCAAGUGUAUGGCAUUGUGUAGUUGUCAUUGUGCCUGCGACACGCUGUAUGAUGCAACAUCUGAGGCGUGUGGAACCACAAUGAUGCCAAUUGUCAGCAAGCCUCCAAACUGCCUACUUCUGUAAGAAAGUGGGUGGGUCUGGAAGGCUGGUCUACACUAGUGGGAGUUUCAGGGAGAGCUCCCUGACAUACUGGAUCAGGUCACAGAAUGGAUAAUUCCACUGUCUAGUGGUGGCAGUUGUACUUGACCGGAGGAAAAAGCAAAGUAUAAAACCUGAGUGAAUCGGUACAGUCUUAUUUAUAAGAUUGCAGAGCACAAUCGUAGUAGGUUUAUUGUAAGUUAGUUCCUUAAGUUACCAUCCUGAGCAUAGUGCUCUAUUUUGAGUCCUUUCAGGUGCAGUUUCAGAAGUGGUUUCACCACAAUUCUAUUGUGUUCUAGCAUUGCUGUGAACUGGCAUGACUAGGUAUAGUAAAAAGCACCAAAGAUUAACUAUUAUCAAUCCUCUUUUAUUUAAGAUAUAUAAAACAGAAAUGUAUAGAAAAACUUAAAUAUGUGGAUUAUAUAUUUGAUUCUAGAGCCCACUGAAUCUAUUUCACUGGGGACCUAUGUAGGGUUGCCUCUUAUCAUGAAUUCCUCUACAUCAGGGCUGGCCAAACCAGUCCUCGAGAUCUACCAACAGUUCACAUAUUCCAGACCACCUAGCUGGUGCACAGGUGUAGCCAUUACUAAUUAAGAUGUGCUGCAUUCAUUCCUAACUGACAAUUAUACAGAUCUCCAGGAGCCCUGGAAAACAUGAACUGUUGGUAGAUCUCGAGGACCGGUUUGGCCAGCCCUGCUCUACAUUGUAUCAGAGUGCCAGUUCUUAUUUUUACAUGUAAAUACAAAACAGAUAAAUGAUGUAUAUCUAUAUGGAGAUUAGAUUAUAUGUAUAAAAGAUUUAUGGUAAGACAGAAUUAUAUUGAGUUUGAAGUACUCAUGAAAAUAUGUUUAAUCAUUUAUUCAUUGUGUGUGUGUAUGUGUCUGAUUGUUUUUCCAGUACAGCCACAGAUCUGGUCAUUUUUAUAACUUUGACAGUUGCAGCUGCUCAAGAGCACUCUGAUCCUGCUCUCACAAAGUAAUUGGGAGGUUUAGAUAGAUUUCAUAUUAUUGUUGUUUAAAAAAAAUGUCUUAUUCAUUCUUUCUUUUGGAAUUCUACAACAUUUCUAGUUAUUACAUACUGCUUUCAUAUAUGGGGCAUAUUGUGUAGGUGAUGAUGAAGUAGCCAGGGGUGGGGGGACCGUAGACAUUCGAGGGACACAUACACCAAACCCUAUUGUAGAAAGUAAGCUGCAGCCUAUUGUGCACCCUCCCCACCCGACUUCUCACUUACUGUUUGAUGGGUUCUGGGUGGGAGAGGGGAAAGUGGUGAGUCUGCAAUGCUUGCUGCCGGUGUGGUGUGGGCCGCUGUCGAAAUGGAGGGGGUGACUGGGAUCCUCCAUCAGGUGGGGGUGCAGUGAGUUUCAUGUCUCACGGCGCUAGCAUGCUCUAAGUCAGGCUGGCCCAUCAAAAAGGCCCUGGGGAGAACACUGGAUAUUGUGAAGGGGACACUUGCUGCUUUUAGAGGUAACUAUAUGGAUAUAGAGCUGUCACAUUUUUUUUUAUUUUUAUUUUUUACAGCUCUUAAUCUUUAUAGAUCUGUUUUCAUGUAUGUAAUAUGCAAGGGAUGGACCACCAGUAAAAGGCAGAUUUAAAAAAAAAAAAAAGCCAAAAAAACGGGAUUUAUAAUUCUAUUUUUUUAUGUACAAUUGUCAGACAAUGAUGAUUUGUGUGGAUCAGCCCACUUUUAGGGUAUUUAGUUUACAAGUACCCAUAUUUGUAUGUUUUCUAUUAAAUAGCCCUCAAUUUGUGUGCGUUAUUUGCAUUUGUAUGUCUUGUGGCUGACGGAAAGCUCUAUAAAACUGCAAUAUUAUGCAGUAUUAUCUGAAAAAUGGAAAACAGAAAACACAUUUCUAGCAUCAAACUUGUUCUGGUGUUUAUAGAGAAGGCAAGCAAAUAUUUAUGAUUAUUGAUUUAAUAUUGCAAUUUUACUUACUACUUGCAUAUAUUUGAUUAGUAGGACAGAUUUUACAAAGAAGGUAACUACAUUGUACCCUCUUAAAUCUACCAAGCCAUGAUAAUUAAAAUGGCUGUACCCAUUCAUAUACUAUCACUGCUUGAAAGGAAUAAAUCUUAAUGUCUGUUCACAGCAAGUUUUCUGUCGCCAUGGAAAUCUUUAUAAACCUUGAAUCGCUUAUCAAAGCAUGAAUAUAGGUAUUGUAAAAUGUAUUUGUAUUCUCGUAUUCAUUCUCGUUUGUUUUUAGACCCAACACUUCCCUUCCCCCCCCACCCCCCCACCUCUUUAAAUUCUAUAAAUGUGGACAAUUGCUCCUUGUAUAUCGUACUACUUUCAGCUGGAUGCCAUCUGGGGUGAUCACUGUUUAGCACAUAGUAAGACUCCUGGAUGUUUUUGAAACCCCUGCCUUUCUCUUCCAAUUGUGUUACUUUACACCGGUUACUUGAAUCCCUACUAGUUGCACAGUUCAUCUGUACAUCAAACUCCAUUUGCAUGCAUGAGAAGCAGAUGGGCCAUCGGCAGACUGAGGAUUUAGGUCAGGCAUGUCCAAACUGCGGCCCUCCCAGGUGUUGAGAAACUACACAUCCCAGCAUGCCCUGACACAGCUUUAGAAUUAUCUGACCGCUAAACUGUGUCAGGGCAUGCUGGGAUAUGUAGUUUCACAACAGCUGGAGGGCUGCAGUUUGGACAUGCUUGAUUUAGGUGAAUAGGUCAUUGAGUUCUAAUCCUUUUCAGUGAUACAAAAAGCAUUGCUCUUGAGGUCUAUUGGAUCCACAUUUUAAAGUACUAAGCCCCGUAGUUCUUAAUUUCGGACUAGAGGUCAAUUAGUUAUUGACCUAAUUUAGACACAUAGCUAGAAUGGGUGACUUGUGAAGAUUUUUUUAUUUUUUUUUAUUAAAAGGUGUAAAGGGUGUUUCUUCAAAGGACUACUAUUGCAAGAUUUUAUAUAUUUCUGUAUAAUAUAAAUUAUGUAAUGUCUGAGAUGCGUUACCAGUUUAGUAUAAGCUUCUGCAAUCCGUUACCUUGCAUAAGAAUUCAGAGAAGGCUGCUGUGACAAUAGGCACUUUCAGCCAACGUUUGAUAUUGCGUAAAGAAAAGAUAGCAAUGACCAAAUUGGGAAAACAUUAUUUUGCUCUAUGAAAGCUUGCUUUUUUUUUUUUUUUUUUUAAAUUAGCAACACAAUUCUCAUUAACAAACAACCUAUGAAACGGACUUUCACAACAUGAAUAUAUUGCAUAUAUUUUGUAACCUGAAUAUAUUGGAAGUCUGAAUGUAGCAAUUAUUGUGAGCCUCUAUGUAAAGUUCUACGUAUAACCCAUAUUAAGUGUGACCAAAGUACUGGUGUGAUAUUUUAUGUCAGAUUCUAAUAGGCCUGUUGGCAGAAUGUAUAUUAUGUGUAUUUUGGUAUUCUAUCUUCUCCAGGUUUUAUAAGUGGUUGCAAACUGUUGAUGUAUGUUUGAAACAGAUCAGAGAAUGUUAUAUAACGGAGUUAUUUAAUUUAUAAGUCUUAUUGACUGAUAUAAAUGUUCUAUUUAAAUGAAGCUGAAUGUUUCAGUCCAAUAACGUCUCAUGUUCACCUGGAAAGUUAAUACAAAGUUUGGAUUUAUUAAAUAUUAUGAAAUAUAAACCUGCUUGCACACAUCAAA